AUGGGAAGUUGGAAUCGUCGAAAUCAAGUCAAUAGCAAAGAUAAUGAAGAAGUAAGUGUCGUCUGAACAGAGUCGAUCAAACUGGUUCCUGGUUCAGCAGUACAAAGACUUGCUCGUGUUUGGAUACACUUCGACCAUCUUUCCGAACGAUUAUCAAUCCGAGAGCAUCGCAGAAGAGCGGCACAUGGUUCCUUGUCUCGGAGACGCAUCGAAUCGUGUCGAUAGGUAGGGGUCCUUCCGUCUUCGAAAAACUUGGAAACAACGUCGAAAAGUGGAAAUGGGGAGGCCGCCCGGCUUUUACAGACAACGAGUUCGCGUCUUGUUAUCGGACGAAUUCAUUGUAACGGAUCGAUUUCUGACAUGGUUAGUUUUUGUUUACUUCAAAAUAGGUUGAGAUCUGAAUUAGGGAAGGAAAUAGCUUACAGAGUUUGAAAUUUCAAGCUGAUCUUCGUGCUUUCCCACUUAUAACCUUAUCUUCUAACUUGCGUUUGUACCAAAAUAAGCAGAAAUAACCCCCUUUCUAGUUUUUGUUCCAGCAACUGGUUUUUGUGAGUUGUAAUUAAGAGAAAAAUGUUUUUAUUUUCAAAUGCCUCACUUUUGUUUUUAGGUCGGACGAAUCAACCUCGCAGAAAAUGUGAAAACCCGUAAGUAGCAACAAAAAUAUGUGUGGAAAGUCGAGAAAAACAGUGCAAAAGAGACGACUCGAUUACGGAAGCACUUUUCAGGUACGACUGUCGGCUUCUGCUUCCAUCGAUCGAAUCGGCGCUGCGAAGAAGUGGAACACCACCAGAACAGUGCCCGACUGAGGCGAUGGAAGAGGAUAUGUGCGAGGAAGAGCGGUAUCUGGACAUGCACAAGGAUAUUCAGAGUAUGCGAGAAGCACGCGCAAUAGACGAGAAUGAUAACUGUUUCAGGAGAAAAAGAUGAAGAGGAUAGAAGACAGAAAGAGCAAAGAAAUGCGAUUGGUUUCGACUACGGAACGGGAACAGUGAAAGAAGAGAGUGACAGUGAAGACGAGCCGUUCGAAGUGCCGCAAGGGGUGAAGUUUCCCGUUGGACUCGAAUUGCCGCCUAACAUGAAACUGCAUCACAUCAUCGAGAAAACUGCCUCGUUCGUGGUCGCCAAUGGAGCACAAAUGGAGAUUGUGAUCAAGGCGAAACAGCGAAACAACGCAGAGCAGUUCGGAUUUUUGGAGUUUGAUAAUCGGCUGAACCCCUUCUACAAGUACCUUCAAAAGUUGAUUCGAGAGAAGAAAUAUGUGCCGGAUCUCACCAAACGAAAAAAACUGUCGAAGACGGCACCCUCCACUUCCAAUUCAAAGCCUGUUGUGUCCACUUCACUCGCGGCCAUCGCAGCAGCUCACGGAUCGGAUUCUGAUGAUUCGGAUUCUGAUUGCGAGCUGCAUCCAUCGCUGUUAUCAGGAGGUGCAAAACGCCCUUCAUCUCCCGAGAAGCCAGGGAUUAUCGGACCAAGUAGAAAGCCGGUUGUAGAAGAAAAACCUCCUGAAAUGAAUACCUUCGGAAUCAUGGCUCAGCGGAAUGACGUCUACGCGGCACUCUUCAAAAAUCUGGCUCAUGUGACAAGAGAGGCGAACGGAAUAGAGGAGGAGGUCAAGAAAGAGCCGGAGCCGGGGCCAGAGAAGCUACCGAAUCCGCCACAACAAGAUCCGUCAGUUACCCUUUUGUUAUUCACUUUUUCAAAUUUUCCAUUACAGAGACGGUCGACUCGACGAUUCUGAUUAUCGGGAAUGGUACGAAAUGUUCUACGGCCGUCCGUGUCCGUGGAUAGGCCCUCGGCCCAUGCUCCCGCCUACUCCUGAUCUCGAACCGAUUCUCAACAGCUACGCGGAACACGUGGCCCAGAAGGGCGCGGAUUUUGAGGAGAGUCUAGCAUCUCGAGCAGAUCUCCAACUUCAGUUCAUGGAUCCGAAAAGCCCUUAUUACUCGUAUUACCAUCACAAAGUCAGUAAAUUCGCCAUAUCUUUUUCAGUUGACGUCAAUUGACAUUUGAGUUCAGAUCCGUCUGCACCAAUGGCGAAUGUCUCAGGAGUAUGCAGCCUUCCAGUCGCCCACAGUUCUUGGUUCUCCCGUUCCUUUAAUGUCCGAUCUCGUCCUUCCUCCACCUCAUUCCAAUAUCAGCUCUCCCGGACCGUCCCAUCUGCUCGGAAUCAACGUCUCAACUCCCCCAGAACCCCCGCUCAAUAGAAGGCAGAGGCGACGCCUUCUGGAGUCGAGCCGUGUUGACGAAACCAUCACAGAACCCGGAAUUUAUGAUCCGCUGGGCCCAUCUCAGAUACUGAUGAGUUCUUCGACUCCAGCUAAUCUGACCAGUUUGGAGAAUAUGAAACCUAUUUCGUUCAGUCUAAGGCAGGAAGAAGCAAAAGUUACGGACGACUCUAGCUUCCGAUUUGACCCGGAUCUAGAAGACCUGGAAGUGCCUUCCACCUCAGCCGACACAAGUAUUGGAGCGCUGUUUCCUCCCCCGACUCCUCCGAUUCUUCCGAGUUCCACUCAAAUCGAUAGAAAGGAGAAAGCAAGAAUCUUCAUGGAAAAACUGUUGUUCGAGAAGAAAAUGAGGAAACAACAGGAAGACGAGGAGCGAAUAAAGUUGGAAGAGGAAACGAGGCGGAAAGCGGAGAAGAUAUCCGAGGAACUGACUGAGAGAAAAUCAAGUCGAGAAGGAGAAGGAGGGGAAAAAGCUCCGAAGUCACUGGAUGAUAUCAUAAACAAUCGGAUAAACAGUUUGCUCUCCGAAUCUGGAUUCCAUCCAAUUGAAGAGCCGAAAAAAGAGGAGGAAGUGAAGGAGAGAAAGAAACCUGUAAGGAAGUGAGAGGCCAUGUACAAACGUCAGAAUUACCAUUUCAGAAGAAAAGAAGCCGUUCGCGACGUCGUUCUCAUUCUAGAGGAUCCAGGGAGCGUGACAGAUCGACCGAUCGGAAGCGACCGCGCAAAUCGGAGCGGCGGAACCGUUCUCGCUCGCACUCGAGAGAUCGUCAUCGCCGGAAUCGCAGCAGAAGUCGCGAUAGAAGCUAUCGUCGGUGA